ACAAAUGAAUGGGUUAAUUGGAUUCAAGAAGCUAUUGAUAAAGAACACUUAAAUUAUUAUGAAUACAACCAAUUUACUAACAUUCAAGAAAUUGGCGCCGGAGGUUUCGGAAAAGUGUACCGCGCAAAUUGGAAAAAUACAAAAAAACAAUUAGCGUUAAAAACUUUUUUCAACCUUAAUCAUAUCACCAUUAAAGAAAUUGUUUGUGAGGUAAAAAUUCAGCGUAAAGUUGAUUUCCAUGAUAAUAUAAUUCGUUGUCAUGGAAUAACAAAAUUUGAAUCAGAAAAUCAAAUUGGUAAUAAUUAUAUGAUGGUAAUGGAAUACGCUGACAGUGGUAGUCUUCGAAACUAUUUGGAAAAAAACUUUAGUAAUCUCACUUGGAACGAUAAAUUCAAUAUGGCGCACCAAUUAGCUUACGCUGUAUCAUGCUUGCAUAAUGAAGGGAUCAUCCAUCGUGACUUGCAUUCCGGCAAUAUAUUAGUUCAUCAAAAUGUGAUCAAAUUGGCAGAUUUUGGAUUAUCAAAAAGAAUUGGAGCAUCAUCCAAUAUUCAAUCCAAAUUAUUUGGGAUAGUUCCCUAUAUUGAUCCGAAAAGCUUUAACAAACGAAGAAAUAAUAAUAACCAAGUGUUUUCAUUAAAUGAAAAAAGUGAUGUUUACAGUGUUGGCGUAUUAUUAUGGGAAAUAUCCAGUGGCCAACCUCUUUUUUAUGCUGAAGGUGAAGAAUAUGAUGUUAGUUUGAUUUUGGAAAUUUCACAAGGUCUUAGAGAAACUAUUGUUCCUGACACGCCCGAAGAAUAUGUAAAAAUUUAUACUAACUGUUGGGACGGUGAGCCAGAUAAUCGUCCUACUAUAUAUCAAGUAGUUGAUUUGUUAAAAGCAAUGUUUAUUACAAAAACAGAUAUAAUAGCAGAAAAUCCUCAAUUAUUAGAUGAGCAAGAACUUAGUGAAGUCCAUUUAAGUACCAAUAAUUCAGGACUACAAGGAGAAUUGUUCCAACUUAUUCAAAAUUUUGAUGAAAUGAAUACAAAUGAAAUUGAUAAUACAAUAGUAAAUAUACAAGAGAAACUUUUAGCCGAAAAAGAUUUUAGCAAAGUAGUUGAUGAAACAAAUGAUUUAAUUUUUAAAUUGUAUAAUAAAGGAAUUGAUAUGGAUUUAGUAAAAGAACAAAUUAUUAAAUAUU